AAGGAGCGGGGCGGCCGCCGCCGCCGCCGGGAGAGGAUGCGGCUGCGGAUUUACAAGCGCAAAGUGUUGUUGGUGGCCUCGGCGCUCGCCCUGUGCGCUCUGGCGCUGUGGGGAGGAGGAGGAGGAGGAGGAGGAGGCGGCGGAGGCGGCGGCGGAGGGAGGAAGCGGCCGCAGCCCUCGGGCAGCCCCGGGGACGCGCCCCCCGCCGGCAGCGAAGCCCCGCGCCGCCCCGCCGGUAACGCCUCGGUUGCCUCGUCGGCCUGGGACGGGGAGAACGCGACGCUGCGGUACCGCUCGCUGGUGUACCGGCUGAAUUUCGACCAGGCGGUGCGGGGCGCGGCGCGGCUCCCCCCCGAGCUCGCCCUGGUGGUGCAGGUCCACGAGCGCGCCGAGCACCUGCGGCUGCUGCUGGAGUCGCUGCGCAGGGCGGCGGGCGUGGAGAACGUGCUGCUGGUGCUCAGCCACGACCUGUGGUCCGAGGAGCUCAACCGCCUGGUGGCCCGCGUGGACUUCUGCGCCGUCCUCCAGAUCUUCUUCCCCUUCAGCGUCCAGCUGUACCCCGGAGAAUUCCCGGGCCACGACCCCCGCGACUGUCCGCGCGACGUGGGCAAAGCGGCCGCUUUGCGCUUGGGUUGCCUCAACGCCGAGUAUCCCGACUCGUUCGGGCACUACCGCGAGGCGCGCUUCUCCCAGACCAAGCACCACUGGUGGUGGAAGCUCCACUUCGUGUGGGAGCGGGUGCGGGCGCUGCGGGAGCACGCGGGACCCAUCCUCUUCUUGGAGGAGGAUCACUACCUGGCGCCGGAUUUCUACCACGUCCUCAAAAAGCUGUGGGCGUUACGCGAGAGCGAGUGCCCCGAGUGCCAGAUCGUCUCGCUCGGCACCUACAGCCCCAUCCGGGGCAGCUUCGCCGGCCGCGCCGACAAGGUGGAGAUGAAGACGUGGAAGUCCACCGAGCACAACAUGGGCAUGGCCUUCAGCAGAGACACCUACCAGAAGCUCAUCGAGUGCACGGACGCCUUCUGCACCUACGAUGACUACAACUGGGACUGGACUCUGCAGCACUUGACUGUCUCUUGUCUUCCAAAGUUCUGGAAAGUGCUGGUUCCCGAAAUCCCCAGGAUUUUCCACACGGGGGACUGUGGCAUGCACCACAAGAAAUCCUGCAGACCGUCCACCCAGAGUGCCAAAAUCGACUCUCUCUUGAACAGCAACCAACAGUACCUGUUCCCCGAGACGAUGACUGUCAGUAAAAGGUACUCCAUGGCACCGCUCUCCCCUCACGUCAAAAAUGGAGGGUGGGGAGACAUCAGGGACCACGAACUCUGUAAAAGUUACCGCAGACUUCAGUGAGGAGCCUUCUCGCAGCCUUUUUUUUGCCCCCUUUUUUGAGUUGUCCCCUCCUGUCUUUUACAGGCACACGCCUGUAUCACGAGCAUUUAUGAGUUGGUUUCUGCUUUAAUAUGAAUAAACAUUCUUGUAAAAGGUGUCCCAAAAAAUAGUAAUCUUUCAUCUUCGGCAGCCACAGUCUGGAAAUGGGUUCCUUGCUCAGCCCCUUUGGAAAGUCAGCAUCGCUGCGUUUACUGGGAGGAGGACAAAACUUGUCUUCAAGCGUAUCUUUUCCGGUGUCUGCGUGCUCCGGUGCGGGGGUUUUGCCCCAUCGGGGUGGUGGGCAGCGAGCGAGGGGAUCAAGCUCUCCCCAGCUCCGGUGGGAGCCAGUGGUACUGGCACAUCCCGUCCCACCGGGGGUCACCUUGUGCCUGACUUGGUUUGAUUGCGAUGUCUUGAUGAAUAUAUGAAGGAAAAAAACAAAA